AUCGCUGAGAGAACGAGUGCACUAUGUAGUGUGCUAUGUAGUGCAGCCCUAGUGAACGAGGGGUUGGGGAGUAGGAUGGACAAUAUGUCAGUGUGAUGAACCGGAAGUACUUUCCACCCGUGUGACCUCUUCAGAUGUGCUGACAGAGCUCUGUGUAGCGGAGUGUGUUGAAAGGCUAGUUUGGGAUUAGAUCCGGAUUUCGCUGCCUGUUUUCGGACCAGUGAAACCUUUAGAACCGUCAGAACCAUGAGCACCAUGUUCGCGGACACCAUUCUGAUCGUCUUCAUCUCGGUCUGUACGGCGCUGUUAGCGGAAGGCAUCACCUGGGUUUUAGUUUACCGGACUGAGAAGUACAAGAGGCUGAAGGCUGAGGUGGAAAAACAGAGUAAAAAACUUGAGAAGAAAAAAGAAACCAUCACUGAAUCAGCUGGACGCCAGCAGAAGAAGAAGAUUGAGAGACAGGAAGAGAAGCUGAAGAACAACAACAGAGACCUCUCCAUGGUGCGAAUGAAGUCCAUGUUUGCUAUCGGCUUCUGCUUCACAGCUCUGAUGGGCAUGUUCAACUCCAUAUUUGAUGGCAGAGUUGUGGCGAAGCUGCCGUUCGUGCCGCUGUCCUACAUUCAGGGACUGUCCCAUCGCAACCUGCUGGGGGAGGACUACACCGACUGCUCCUUCAUCUUCCUCUACAUCCUCUGCACCAUGUCUAUCCGACAGAACAUCCAGAAGAUGCUUGGCUUGGCGCCCUCCAGAGCUGCAACCAAACAGGCUGGAGGCUUCCUGGGACCUCCUCCUCAGACGGCCAAGUUUUCCUGAUCGGCCAGAGGUCACGGCCCCCUCUGCACGGCGCAGACAAGACCUACAUGCUGGAGCAAACAUCAAGUGCAGCUGCUGCACUGCUCAUUCACGUCCUCUAACUUAACCCUGGUCUUCAUUAGAAAUUAGGAGAAGUUCUUAAAAUUCUGUUAAUUAUCAAAAGUAAUAAACAUCUAGAGUGUGGAAAACAAUGA